AUGGCAGCAUGCAGAUCGCUCGCGAGACAAUGCGCUCUCCAUCUGCGCCCUUCGCUCCGCUCCUUUGCGCGUCCGGCGCGACAGUGCCUCGCUCGUGGUAAUCCGCCACUCCGCAGGGCGUAUGCAACUUCCGUUGCGGCCGCGGAGCUUCAAUUCGGCCAGCCCUUACACGAGACACAUCCCCACCUCCUCAGUCCCGGUGAACUAACACCCGGAAUCACCGCCCUCGAAUAUGCCCAACGUCGGUCACGUCUUGCCAACAAACUUCCCAAGGGGGCUGUCGCCGUACUCGCAGCGUCAGAGGUGAAGUACCGAGCUUCAGGGAUCUUCACCGAAUAUCGACAAGAAACGAAUUUCUUCUACUUGACAGGAUUCAACGAACCGAAUGCUCUGGCAGUGAUCGCAAAUGACGGAUCCGGCGACAAUCAUAUCUUCCACCUCUAUGUGCGCGAAAAAGACCCCAAGGCAGAGCUUUGGGACGGGGCUCGGUCUGGCACGCAAGCCGCGAUGGACGUUUUCAAUGCGGAUGAGACAGGAAAUAUUGAACAAAUCGGAGACAUCUUGCCCAAGAUUAUCGCCGGCGCUACCGAAGUCUACUCCGACAUUCCCGCUUUCGAUGGAUCUAGAUCUUCGCUCCACAGAUACCUCUACGGCCCUACCGUCGCAUCAGAGAAAUUGAAGAAAAUCGUCGACCACCGCAGAGUCAAGCCGCUAAAGCCGCUGCUCAACGAAAUGCGGGCAUUCAAGAGCGAGAAUGAGGUUGUGCACUUGCGUCUGCUGGGUCAGGCAUCUGGAAGAGCAUUCACCGAUUCGAUGCGGAAAACCUUCGAGACUGAGAAAGAGUUGUCUUCAUUCCUCGAGUACCAGUUCAAGGUCAAUGGCUGCGAUGGCAGCGCCUUUGUUCCCGUUGUGGCAGGUGGAAAACAUGCCUUGAGCAUUCACUACACGCGGAACGAUGAUAUUCUUCGUGACGGCGAUUUGGUUCUGGUAGACGGCGGUGGUGAACACGGAAGCUAUAUCUCGGACAUCACUCGCACCUGGCCUGUGAACGGGAAAUUUACGGAUUCCCAGCGGGAUCUGUACAACGCCGUCCUCAACGUGCAUCGGACUUGUCUGGCCUUGUGCCGUGAGAGUUCUAAGCUCUCUCUGGACAAGCUCCAUGGGAUCGCCGAGAAUGGUUUGAAAGAGCAGCUCAAGCAGCUCGGAUUUGAUCUUUCUGGAAAUGCCAUGAGUGUCCUUUUCCCUCACCACCUAGGCCAUUACAUUGGCCUGGAUGUGCAUGAUUGCCCUGGAUACUCUCGAGGAUAUGACCUCAAAGCUGGAAAUUGUAUCACUAUUGAACCUGGUAUCUAUGUCCCCGACGAUGAGCGGUGGCCCGCACAUUUCCGGGGUAUUGGCAUUCGAAUCGAAGACAGCGUGUGCGUGGGUGAUGACCAUCCCAUUGUGUUGACACCUGAAGCUGUCAAAGAGGUUGCCGAUAUUGAGGCUCUGCGUAGUUAG